UCUCUUUAUUCACUCACAUUUUUUCUUCUUCUUCUUUCUCCCAAAAAAAAAACUCGAGCCAAAAAUGGAGCCAUGGCUCGACGACUUAGCCGAUGAUCUUCAAAGCAUCAGCUUCAACUCUACCACCACUACCGCCACUGACAUUAACCGGUCGACUAGCUCCGGCUCCGAAGCCACAUGGACGGCUACGGCUUCUUCUAUCUCAUCCAGCUCUCUUCACCACCAUAUCACUAAGCCACGCGCCGCUACUCCUUCCGGUGAUCCUUACUGGGACGCCAUUACACGUGGUAUUUCAACUUCUACUUCGUCGGCAAUUUCUCUAACUGAUCUCCGAUUCCUCCAUCGAUUAGGAUCCGGCGAUAUAGGUUCCGUUUUCCUCGCGGAAAUCAAAGCUGCUCCGGUAACGGAGAUUUCGAAAUCGACGGCGGUAUCGGCGUACUUUGCAGCGAAAGUUAUGGAUAAGAAGGAACUUGCGAGCCGUAAUAAGGAAGGAAGAGCGAGGACUGAACGGGAAAUACUUGAAAUGUUAGAUCAUCCUUUCCUUCCGACGCUUUAUGCUUCUAUUGAUUCACCGAAAUGGUCGUGUUUAUUAACGGAGUUUUGCCCCGGCGGUGAUUUACACGUACUCCGGCAACGUCAACCGGCGAAACGCUUCCCUGAAUCCGCUGUCAGGUUCUAUGUGUCGGAGGUGGUGGUAGCGUUGGAGUACAUUCACAUGAUGGGAAUAGUUUACCGCGACUUGAAACCUGAAAAUGUUUUGGUCCGAUCAGAUGGUCAUAUCAUGCUCACGGACUUUGAUCUCUCGUUAAAAUGUGACACCUCUACAUCAACACCAGCUCAAGUGAUUUCAAGCCAAAAUACACCUAAUGGUGGACCUCAACAAAACGAGUACAAAAUUGAACCACCAAAGUUCACAGCUUCUUCAUGUAUCCUUCCAAACUGUAUAGUACCUGCUGUUUCAUGCUUCCACCCGAAAAGAAAGCGAAAGAAGAAGGCAGGACAUGCUGGUGGCCCUGAAUUUGUAGCUGAACCAGUCGAUGUUCGUUCAAUGUCCUUCGUGGGAACUCACGAGUAUUUGGCACCGGAGAUUGUAUCAGGUGAAGGUCAUGGUAGUGCAGUAGAUUGGUGGACUCUAGGGAUAUUCAUAUUUGAGUUGCUUUAUGGAGUAACACCUUUUAAAGGUAUAGACCAUGAACUAACCCUAGCUAACAUCGUUGCUCGAGCCCUCGAAUUCCCCAAGGAACCAUCAAUGCCAGCCCCAGUUAAAGACCUGAUAUCACAACUCCUUACUAAGGAUCCCGCGCGAAGAAUGGGGUCAACUAUGGGUGCUACAGCAAUCAAACACCAUCCAUUCUUCCAAGGAGUCAAUUGGGCACUUCUAAGAUGUACUUCACCACCAUUCAUUCCUCCUCCAUUCAGUAAAGAAUUUCUCUCUGAUGGAAGUUGCCCUGAUACCUCAGUUGAAUACUACUAGCCUAUAUCCCUCAGACUCUUCAGAAAUAUUGUUGCACUAGUAUCAGAUCCUACUACUAACUAGUGUGAAUAAAGACUCAAAAAAAGUCAAAAAUUUUGGACCAGAAAAGAAUGGAAGAAGAAGAAGAAGAAGUGAUUUGUGGUGGAAUUUUGUUGGAUCUUAAUGAAUAUUGACCCACCAAUAUGAAUAUGAGGCUAUAUGAAUACAACAAAGACAUUAGUUUCUGUUGUUGUUUGCUAGCCAAUGCUCUAUUGUACAUUGCUAUUAUUAUAGGUGGACAAAGAAAGGAAGUUUCAUUUUCUAAAUCUUUUAUAAGUCAAUGCCUUUGUCUAAAACAUUGGAUCCUGACAAAAUACAUGUAGACAAUUGUUACACAAGCAAAGGGCCUGGUUGUAUGAAGGAUUUGGUUGGGUGGUGGAAGGUCAAGAAUAUGGGUCAGCAUCAUGUUUUUGCUAAUCUUGUUCUUUUCCUUGUGGAAAAGCAUGAUGUUUCCAUGUGAUUUGUUUAAUUAUUAGGAUCUUGUAAGGUUGUAGGGUAGUAGCUAGUCAUGGGUGGUGCCUUGUGAAUUUCAUAAAUUACAUAAAAAUAUUUUCCACAUAAAUAAUUAUCAUGGUAUCUAUUA